AUGGCAUCUGCACACAUUGUCUUCUACCUGAUAUGUUUGUUCUUGGGUGUAAUUGCUCAGAAGAACAACCUGCAUUUAUCCUCCUCUGUUCAUGAAGAAGCACGUUUUAUAUCAGCUAAAUCUGGAGACAGAGUGACUUUACAUUGUUACUAUGAACACAGUGUUUCUGCACGUUUUUACUGGUAUAAAAAAACUUUAGGAGAGAAACCAAAACUCAUUUCUAACUUCUAUAUAUCAGAACACUAUUUAGUAAAAUUUCAUGGUCCAUUCAAGAAUAAUGCACGCUUCAGACUAGAUAAUGAAAAAGGAAAAAACCACUUGAUUAUCUCAGACUUAAGUGUUUCAGACUCAGCAACUUACUACUGUAUAUUUUCCUAUUUCUACACAUUAAUGUUCUUAGAGACCAUUAUUGUCAGUGUCAAUGAUUCAGAUUUAAACAUACAAGCUUUAGUUCAUCAGUCAGCAUCUGAGACCAUCCAGCCAGGAGGCUCUGUAAGUCUGCACUGUAUGGUUCACACUAUGCUGAGCUGUGAUGGAGAACACAGUGUUUACUGGUUCAAAGACUCUGAAGACUCUCAACCAGGACUCAUUUACACCCAUGGAGUCAGGAAUGAUCAGUGUGAGAGGAAAGACAACAAAAGAACACACACCUGUGUCUAUAACAUGAGAAUGGAGAGCCUGAAUGUGUCUCACACUGGGAUCUACUACUGUGCUGUCGCCCCAUGUGGACACAUACUGUUUGGAAACGGGACCAAGCUGGAAUUUGGGGGAUUUACAAUUCGGCGAGAUUCUGCUGCCCUGAUGUAUUUCUUAAGCGCAGCUUUAACACUCACCACCAUCAUCAGUGUGUUAUCAACUUUUUUAGUGUAUAAGAUGAAAAGAAGUAACAAUUGCCAAUUUAAAGGUUAGAAUUUUCGUUCAUAUUUUACUGUUGUGUUUAAAAAUAGUGGCAUUUAAGUUUAAAUCAUUUGCUUUAUUUCUCAGCAGACUCAAACGCAAAUGAUUCUGUAAAUUUAGAGGUGAGUUUUAAAGUGUGGAAGUUCAUGUGUUUUUAGGAAAUGACAUUUCUUGUUGAAUUGUUAUCUUGAUUCUUUUGGUAUCCAGAGCACCCAAGAGGACAACCUUCAUUAUGCUGCUUUGAGAAAAAUUAGGACGAAACAAGCAAGAAGACAGACGAGCAACACCCAGGAGGAAUGUGUGUACUCCGGUAUA